AUGACUGUUCCUUCUAACUCUCCAGACCAACUACCUGGUCUGGGUGACUUGACAUUACAAAUGAUCGUAUGUAUUUUGACGGUUGGAUGGGGUACAUACCUAAUAUGGUUGGGAGUGUACCGACUCUAUAUCCACCCUCUUGCCAAAGUUCCUGGGCCGAGAAUGGCAGCCGUCACGCGGUGGUACGGAUUGUACUACGACGUCUGGCUGGGAGGGCAAUAUUUUCUCAAGGUUGAGGAACUCCACAAACAAUAUGGACCAAUUGUCCGGAUAAAACCAAAUGAGGUGCACUGCAACGAUCCCGAGUUUGUCGAAGUGCUGUUCACCGGUCCUCUAUGGAAGCGGGAUAAGGAUCCAUGGCUCCCCAGAGCGAUGGCAGUUCCACUAGCAGCUGGUGGCACAAUCUCACAUGAUCUUCACCGCAGUCGACGGGCGCCCCUUGGUCCGUAUUUCUCCAAACAAAGCGUUCGAAAACAAGAGGUCAUUCUCCAAGAUACCCUGGAGAAGCUUCUGAGGCGGUUUGAAGAGCAUCGAAAUACUGGAACAGUAGUCACACUGAGCGAGGCCUUUGCAGCGGCCGCGGCGGAUAUUGUGACAACUUUCUCUUUUGGAAAGUCAACCAACUCUGUGGAAAAGAAAGAUUUCAACGGCCCAUUUUUCCAAGCUAUAGACGCCAGCUUUCGGCUAUCACAUAUUACGGCUAACUUUGGAUGGGUCAGAGCUUUUCUGAGAUCCCCACCCCCCCAGAUUGUGACCUGGAUCACACCUGCGCUGGCCCCCCUUUUUGAAUUACAUCAACAAUGGAAGAGUCAGAUACGUGACGCAAAAGCGCCAACUGAGAAACAAGUAACUACAAUAUUUGACCAGAUUAUGUGGGCUAAACUAUCUCCAUUGGAAAAAAGGUCUAAGAGGCUGCACCAAGAGGCCGAAUUAAUAUUCCUCGCAGGCUUCUCCACCACUGCGGCAACCUCAUCUAUGUUAACAUUUGAGCUACUUGCCAACCCAGGUAAGAUGAACAAGUUGAGGGCGGAACUUCUUCAGGCACUUCCACACACGGACAGUCCCUUGAGUCUCUCGGAACUUGAGAAAUUGCCCUAUCUCUCUGCGGUUAUUCAAGAAGGAAUUCGACUCCACCCUGGCGGCGCUCUUCGUAUGCAGAGGAUAUCACCAGAUAAGCCUCUCAUUUAUACCGAUCCUCGCACCGGUACCACCACGACCUUUCCGGCCGGUACCUCGAUCAGCAUGGACGCUCCGUCAAUCAACAAGAAUCCCGAAUUGUUUCCAAAUCCAAGCGAGUUCGUUCCGGAGAGAUGGCUCCAAAGUCCACACCUCAGCCGCUAUCUACUCACGUUUUCCAAAGGGACAAGAAUAUGUCUUGGAAUCAACUUGGCGUGGGGUAUGCUCUACUACUUCAUUGCCGGUGUCUUUCGAAACUAUGGCCCUCCUACGGGAACAGACACCUCGUUUCCGACAAUUGAACUCUAUGAAACGGAGCGAAAGAAGGACGUUGAUACUGUAGCCGAGUUCGUUAUACCUGUCGCGGAAAAAGAAAGCAAAGGGAUUAGAGUGCUCUUCAGAUAA